AUGUGCGAGCAGGCGGCGCGCUCGUGCCGGGCCGGCGUGCAGAGGCUGCUGCGGAAGCCGCCGCCGCCGCCGCUGCGCCCGCUCGACGGGCUGCUCCGCUGGGCGGCCGCCAAGAUGAGCGAGAAGGGCCCCGGCGCCGAGCGGCCGCUGCCGCAGCCCGGCCCCGCCGCGCGCAGGAAGGGCACCUCGGUCAUCCUCGAUAUUUUCAGAAGAGCGGACAAAAAUGAUGAUGGGAAGCUGUCCCUGGAGGAGUUUCAAGCCUUUUUCUCUGAUGGGACCCUCAAUGAGGAGGAACUGGAGAAGCUCUUUCACACCAUUGACUCAGACAACACCAACAACGUGGACACGAAGGAGCUGUGCGACUAUUUCGCUGAUCACAUGGGAGAUUAUGAGGACGUCUUGGCAUCGCUGGAGACCCUGAACCUCUCCAUCCUGAAGGCGAUGGACUACACCAAACGGGUGUACGAAAGCGGCAGCAACGUGGACCAGUUCGUGACCCGCUUCCUGCUGAAGGAGACGGCCAACCAGACCCAGUCGCUGCUGAGCUCCGUGGAGAGCGCUGUGGAUGCCAUUGAUGAGCAGACCAACCCCACCAGGCAGUACCACGGCAAAGGUGGCCUCGUGGACACCUGGUACGACAGCCCUGUGCCCACCUACCCCCCCAACAGCAGGCUCGUGCCCAAGGAGCACCGGAAAAGCUUCCCGGCGGGGUCCCCCGAGGCCAAGGAGGAAGGGCUGGAGGUGCAGAUUAACCGUCUGGCCGAGCUCAUCGGCAGGCUGGAGGACAAGACCCUCUGGUUCGACCUGCACCAGCGUCUGUCGGACAGCGAGAGCACCGCGUGCGCGUACCUGCUGCUGGUGCGGGACGAGAUGACGGUGGCGCACAAGCACCUGGGCGAGUUCUGCAGCUCCCUCAAGCAGUACCUGAAGAGCGUGGCCGGYGAGCGGGACUGCUUCCAUGUGACCGCGGUGAAGCUGCCGGACGGCGUCACCUUCAUCGUCUACGAGUUCUGGGAGACCGAGGAGGACUGGAAGAGGCACCUGCAGAGCGCCACCUGCAAGGGCUUCCAGCACGUCAAGGUGGACACGCUGAGCCAGCCCGAGGCCGUGUCCAGCGUGGCCGUGCCAGCCGCCUGGUGCRCCCUGAGCAGAGACUGACCUCUCGGCCGGCGGGGACGUAGUGGCCACACCGGCUCUGCGGGAUCCACGCUCCCCGUCGCUGGCCGCCUGCCCGUCCCGACGUGCUGCGAGCGUCACGCCGGAGCACCCCCGUGCCCGCAGCGGCUCCCUGCCAUGAAGGCCACCCCGAGCCCCGUCCUCCAGCACCCUGCAGCACCCCCGGACUCCCCUCCCCGGCUCCGGCCCCUUUCCUCCGGCGUGGCGGGGGGCAUCGGGGCGGCGUGGGCGACGCGUUGUGUGGGUGAAGCUGUCUCGUGUGCUGUGCGCCGUCGCUGUCUCCCUCCCCRAGGCUCCCACUCGCAGCAGCCCCUCAGCCCGGCCUGGCCGCGCGCGGCGCCUCCUC